CGUGCGGGCGACAAACGGUUAACAUUUAUUGGAUCCUACGCGUCUUGUUAGAAGUUUGUGCGUGAGAACAUGCCCACUAUUAUCAAUGUAUGAUAUUGGUGCGUUGGUUGGCUAAUUUUCGUGUAAAGGCUUUUUCUUCUGCUGGAUAAUAAUUUGUAAAGUACAAUUUACCUAGUUGCUCAAAUUGCGGCGGGACAGAUGAUUGUUUUGGGAUCUGAAGCAUCCUCGAAGAAGUGUUAGGUGCUUGGAACUGUUCUCCGAAGAAUUUACUACUGUGUUGUGUUUCCAGACCCAGACAUCAGAAUUUUGGAAAAAAAGAUUUCACUCUAAUGUUUGAAACCACGGCGCGGAUUGCCUAAAAAAUCAGUGGGUUGACUUUCAAGUCGUCGCUAAUCAGAAAGCCGAUUAUGGAACCGAUCCGAUGGGCGGCGGUCAGUCGUCAGUAGAAGGAGCUGAAGAUUCGCGAAGCGAAACGUUUUUAUUAGGGGGUGAAAUGCGUUCCGGUCUCGUUGGCUGGUGUUGGCCUUAGCGCUAAGUUUUUGUGCCAGUGUUUCAACUUUACGACCGAGGGGUUUUUCUGCGACUUCUUGGCCUACGACAGCAAGAAGCGGUACCGUAAGGAGAAGAAGAUCUUGUGGAUAGUUUCGGAUCGGUGACGAUCGAGUUGGGGUUUGUUAUUUGAAAAAAUAAAAAAGCUGAUUAUAAAGUGGUGACUCCGUAAUUGAUUGCCGCUGUGUGUUGUGUUGUGGUCGACCGCCGUCUUCUACAAUCACCCGUUAUUUUUUUGGUACCAACCUGAAGCCGUUGUGUUUGGAUGAUACGAAUUGCAAUCCGACGAGGACCUGUCCAGUUCCAUCGCACCCGAAGAACCCCUAGAGCACCAACAUAGUAUAACCUUGGAGAACACCGUAGUCACUUCGCUUCUAGGUAUUUUAAUUACUCAGCUUUUCCGGUCCAAGAAUGCAUCGUGUAUAAUUGCACCAUGCGUUAAUCACCCCACAUACCACCGCUAGGCACACACAACUCAGUAGAAGAAGAGGAGGAGAGGAGAAAAAAACCCAACGCGACUAAUUGUGCCAUAUGCAAACAACCAUCAACCAGUCCGCUAUCGUGUCACGUGUUUUAUCAGCGGGGAACAAACCGAAGGAGGAAGAGGUCAGCGACCCGAUGCUACCAUUAGCAGAGGCAGCGUGAUUGGUACACGAGACUAGAAGCCGGCAAAUCACACAAACAACAACGCCCCGUUCCUUCCGCAGACCCGAAUGUGUCAUGUUCGAGCGGCGUCCCCUGUUCGGAGCUCUCGUAGUGCUAACGCUUCUGAUCACGGGCUGGCACAUGUCGUUCCAAGAGGCCAACAGCACCUCCACCGGGGGCAUUGGAAACGGACUUGGGGGCGCGGUCCCAUCGUUCGAGCAGCAGCAACCGAUACCCUCCCUGACUGCGUCCCCCCUUAGCAGUAAAGGAGGUGGAGGAGGAAUUGGGGAAAGUGGUGAAGAUACUAGGCCACUACUCUACGGUCAGGCCCUCAAUCAAAGCUUCAGCCCAGUGCCACCGUGGCCUACGUUACUAGUACUGAAUGCAGUCGAAACGUUGCCAAUAGAUGAUUAUAGCAGUUUAAUAGAUUUAAAAGAUUUUAGAUUUACUAUCAAUUUCAACAAUUGCACCAGUGCGAACGAGAGGAGAAAGCGUGAAAGCACGCGAAGUGAUAGCCUUAAAGGUGACGAACGAUGGACACCGUUAAUUUUAGUUCUAGUACAUUCAGCGCCCAGUAAUUGGUACAAACGGAAUACCAUCCGGGAUACCUGGGGACAGUUCGAUCCGCGGGCAAAACUAGUCUUCCUGCUCGGUGCGGUCAACUCGACGACCCUGCAGAGACGCAUUGAGGAGGAGAACCGGCAGCAUGACGACAUUGUGCAGGGGAACUUCAUCGAUGCCUACAGGAAUAUGACCUACAAGCACGUGAUGGCUCUCAAAUGGUUCACAUAUCACUGCCCGGAAGCCAAAUACAUCCUUAAGGCUGACGACGAUGUCUUCGUGAACACACCAGUUCUGUACGACAGUCUGGAAUCCUACGCUCAGCGGUCAGGUUUAUUGUUUUGCCAAAAGAUAAGCCGUGCUGCCGUCAAACGAACCUAUCGCUCAAAAUGGUUCGUUAGCAUACGGGAAUAUCCUAACAAAUACUAUCCAAAUCACUGUCCUGGUUAUUCCAUCAUUUACACACCGGACGUGGCGUUCCAGCUUUACAAGGAAGCUCAACAGCAGCCCUACUUCUGGAUCGAUGACGUCCACCUGACGGGAACGAUCGCCAACCGGGUCAACGUAACCAUCACCCCGACAGGAUCAAAACUCCUGAAUGCAACGCAAAAAGAGGCCAUCAUCGAUCGCCGGUUGAACGCCAGCGAUCAGCCGUUUUUCUUCACUACUCCGGACCUUCGCGACGGGGACAUACGGAAGCUCUGGCAGGCGGUCAGUAUUUCCGCAAAAAGCACUAGGAUAAGAUAGUAUAGCAGCAACAGCAGCAGUACACAGCUAGAAGCAAACGAACCAAUCAAACGCGGAUCAAUGGAAGCUGCGCCGUGAACGACGAGGUACCAAACAAAGGUGUGUGUGAACGAGUGCGUGUUGUGAAAACUCAAGUCAUUUAGCGAAAACGUUAGAUUAGCUGAUAGGAAUUGAAAACAAACAAAAAAAAAACUAUUUAAUAGGUAUAACUAAUUCUUAACACAGAACUGUUCAAUCUCUAGAAAGUGAUUCUUGAGCCUUUUCUCAUCGAUACGAGUUGAUAUUAGCUAGGUACAUUCGUUUUGUUUUUCGUUAAUUUUUUCAUCCCACACAGAACUGCUUCGAUUUAAAUUAUUUAAGAAAGAAAGGAAUUUGACUUGCGGCUGGCUUCUAUGGGUUAUAUUUGGCUUUUUUUUUUUCAUAGAACAAAACCUACGAUUUAUUGUUUGAGGAGUAAUUUCGAAAAUAUUUUAAUGGUAAAAUCAGAGUCGAAUAAGAAGACUUAGUGUGAAAUCAAAAUUUUGAUUUAUUCAGGUUUGUAAUAAGAAAUUAAUUAGCAUGAUUUGAAGAAAAAUUUAAAGUUUCAAUCAAAAACAAAAGUUUGUUGGACUUCAAAAUCAAAAGUUUAUAUAAAAUCUUUUAAAAUCUGUUGGGGCUUUUGUUCAAUAUGGUCAAUAUAGUAAUUUAUUAUUUCGUGGCUCCAGAGAGUGAAGAUAUGAAGACAAAUAAAACGGUUUUGUCCUUAUGUCAAAUAUAUUUAAAAAGCUUCUCAUAUUAUGAUUUUUAAUUCCAGAUUCUAAAUAGAUCGUUUUCUUAAGAUGCAGAAUAUAAUGAUUCCAAUAAAUUUUAAUAAUUUUUGAAUUAAAACUAGGUUUAUUUGGCCUACUUGGCAAAUUUAAAUGUGCCGAGUAUAUUUAUUUUUAAACUAAAAAUUUUACUAGGUUACCAAAGGAGAGAACCGUAAUGGUCGCGGCUUAAAUUUCAAUUCUGAGUUGUGUUUGUGAUCCAAUCAACUUUGCUGGAGACGUUUAACCUCAAAACUGCUAGCGAACAAUAAUGAAGUAAUUAAUUCCGAUCGCACCUUUUCGAUGAACCGGAAGGAUAGCGACUGUAAAAGUUAAUUUAACGGCAAUCCGAUUCAAACAUCAUUUCGUUAAAUAUGUCAUUUGACAUUUGAACCUUGUAGGGGGCAUUACACGUGGCUGAGCAGAAGAGCAUGCAUGAGCAAGCAACUCCCAGAGCGCUGCUGUUUCUGUAUUCCGAUAUAAACAGGUACAGGUACAAGAUAUGUUUCUAAUCAAGUCCAGGCACGUUGUGAUUAGAUUCAUGAAAACAUCACACGGUUAUAUUCAAAACAGUUUACUACCGUGUUACUUCAUUAACUGGUUAGUAAUGUUAGUAAUCUAACUAUUUGAAGAAUUUUAUAUCACAUUGGGUUUGAUUUAUCAAACUUAUUAAUUUCACAAAUUUUCAAAUAGGUAAUGUUUAAAAAACAGUUUUUGAAAGUCUCCAUAGCUUGUAUUACUCAUAAAACCUAGUUGCAAAAAGUCUAUCCUAGUUAUGCAAUUCCCAGCUGUGCUCCUUGCAGGCCCACAUGGACCGAGAUACAAUAGAAGUGACCACAUUACAACCACCCCAACCCCAACAUUAUUCCGUUCCGUUGAUCCUUGUGUCCCAGUCCACUUGCGGCAGCUAGUGCUCUUUUUAGGAGACGCUAAUCCUAGAACAGGAGAUUGUGGAGGUAUCUGUUUUUAGACCGAGUAAGUUGGUAGGUGGCGCUGAUUGUAGCAGCUCAUUAUCAUUUCAAUCGACUAUCCCACCCACCUUAAAACUAGGAGGGACUUUUCCGAGCCCUUUUCUUCCCAAGAGAAGUUCAAACGUUGGGACCGUUCGCAGACACACUGAAGAAGGGACAGACAUUUUUGCGGCUGAUUAUUGGGAGGGUGGACGGGAUUACAUUUGCAUCCGCACAUUGUUGUUGACCAACUAUAUCUACUGCUGCGGUUCAGUGAAUUGGCACUGGUCUCAUGAAAAACACGUUAUUGUGGAGCAGAAUAAAUCUUAUGACUUAAAUAAAAAAUAACUCCAAAAAUUGCGUUCUGUUUUCUUUUUUUUGAUAGGAACAAAACUGACAUUCUGAAUUUUUUGGAUUUAAGAAAAAAUAUUACUCAAAAUGUUGAUGCAUUAUUGAGUGGCUCCAUAGAGUAAAAUCUGAAGAAAAACUUGAUUUUGUUCCAACCGUUUCAAAUAUUUCAAUUCUUAGUCAGCAUUCUGCUAAAGAGCUUAAAAUUCAGAUUAGAAAUUCAAAUUUAAAAUUCGGGUUCAGGGUUCAUAUUCAGAAUUCAGAAUUUAGAUUCUAAUUUUAGGAAGGGAUCAAUUACCGUAAUUUAUGUUUGUUAUUUAAUUUAACGGCCUUAUCGGCGCAAAGUGAUGUCCUUUUCUAGUAAGAUCUUAAGAUUAUGAUUUUUUUUCUUAUAGACGAAUUUAAAUUUAGAAGAAAUGAAAGACAGUGAAAAUGAGUGGAUAGAAGUUAUGAGAUUUGGUAGGUGAUGAUAAUGCUUCGAAUAAAUUCUACCUGCUCAUUUUUACUAACUUUCAUUGCUUCUAACUUCCUAAAUAUCCGUUUAUAAAAAAAUUCAUAAUCUAAAGAUGUUCUUACUAAAAAAAACAUCACUUUUCACCGAUAAGGCCGAUAGAUUAAGUAACGAAUUCAGAUUCAAAAUUCAGAAUUUAGAUUCAGAAUUCGAACACAAACACAUACAGGAUCUCAAUCAAACUUGAUGUUUCCUCGAAGAGAUUCCUUUUUCUUAACUCUAAGCGUUUAUCUUUCAAGGACAUGAUGGCUAGCAUCUUACAAAUGCUGAAACCACCAACCAACAGAAAGUGUACUAUGUUUGCCGUGACCGGGAUUCGAUCUUAUGCUCGUUGGCUUAGAAGACUUGAAGGCUAUCCUCGCUAGGCCACGACGGGCUGCGGCUCAAUUCAGAUUCAGUAUUCGGAACUCCGGGAUUAGAAUUCAGAUUCAGAAUUCAGAUUCAGAAUUCAGAAUUCAGAAUUUAGAAUUCAGAUUCAGAAUUCAGAUUCAGAAUUCAGAUUCAGAAUUCAGAUUCAGAAUUCAGAUUCAGAAUUCAGAUUCAGAAUUCAGAUUCAGAAUUCAGAUUCUUUAUGAAUGGAACGACUGUUUUGGUUGAUUUUUUUAGGGAUUUUUAACGGCUAUCAGUCUCGGAUUUUUAAGUAAAAACGACUGUUUUUUACUCCAACGUUUCGAUCCUUAUUGGAUCUUCAUCAGGGGCUAUAAUUUAUUGCUAAUUUAGUGAAAAUCGACUUUGAAUUUUGUUGGUGCUUACCGAUAAAGUGUCGUUUUCUUGUUAAGUUUGAUUCGGCUUAUCUUGAACUGCUGUCAUUGGGUUUCUGUGUUGGAUUAUGUUGGUUAUAAUUUUGUGUUUCAUGUAUUUUAAAGUUUGGUGAGACUUACUGCUGACGAAUUUUCGUAGAAUAUUCGUUUUUCUAUUGAAUUUUGGGAGUUUUAAAAUUUUUUUCUGCAUUCGAACUUUGCACUGUGGACUGUUUUGGUUUUCGAGUUGUUUUUAAAUAUGGCGUUCACUAAUUUGUGUUGGUGUAAUUUAAUGUUUGUGAUGUUGUGUUUUGAUCCUUGGUAUUGUGUUUUGCUUCUUGGGUUUUGAUUUUUUCCAAACACUGAAAAAUAUUUGUGUAUGUUGAGUGUAAAAUAUCUGUAUCCUUUUUAAUGUUAACUGAUGAUGAUGUUGUUUUUAUGUGGCAGCUUUCCAGCAUCAUGAGUUUGUUUUGAUUGUCUCCCCUGUCGAUGAUUUUGGCCUUAUCGAUGUUGAACAGGUGGUGCAUAGCUGCUUCAUGUUCCAAUAAUGCUGUUUGCUGCCUCAAAGUUGUUAUCUCGUAAUCCUGAUCGGUGCAUCCUCUGUCCCACAGUCGUUUUAGCUCGUUCGUUUGUGUUCUAUGUUGUGACAUCCGUUGUUUCAGUUUUGCUAUAGUACAUCCAAUAUAGCAGGCGUUACAUUUCCGUUCGGAGUUGUUUGAAUUUUCGGUUUGGUCUGGAUUGCCAUUGCAUUCAAUCUUGUACACAACAUUAGUAUGCUCGUCGUGCGGAGUUUUGUCUUUCACGACCGGUAGAAGUGAUCCGAUCGUUUUACUUUGUUUGGUUGCGAUUUUAAUAUGUUUAAAACCUGGACCUAAUGUUUUUGUUAUUUGUGCUGUUAAGCCAUCAAUAUACAUAUGUGAGAGAUUUAUAACAUUUUAUUUCGUUCUCUUCCAUAGCUG